AUGGGUAGGAAAUUUUGGGUUGGUGGAAAUUGGAAAAUGAACGGUACUAAAAAUUCUAUUGAAGAAAUAGCAAAUUUUUUAAAAAAAGGACCACUUGAUCCAAACACUGAAGUUGUAGUUGGAGUUCCUGCUGUUUAUUUAAAUUUUGCUAAAGAAAAGCUACCUGAAAAUGUUGAAGUUGCUGCUCAAAAUUGCUACAAGGUUCCUAAAGGUGCCUUUACUGGUGAAAUAAGUCCAUCACAACUUUUAGAUAAUAAUAUUCAUUGGGUUAUAUUGGGUCAUUCUGAAAGAAGAAACAUAUUCGGAGAAUCCGAUGAACUUGUGGCAGAAAAAGUCAAACAUGCAUUAGAAGAAAAUCUUUGUGUUGUUGCUUGCAUUGGUGAAAAAUUAGAAGAAAGAGAAGCAGGUCAAACAGAAGCUGUCGUUUUUAGACAAACAAAAGCCAUCGCAGAUAAAAUUUCAGACUGGUCAAAGAUAGUAUUGGCAUAUGAACCGGUUUGGGCGAUUGGAACUGGAAAAACUGCCACACCAGAAGAAGCUCAAAAGGUUCACAAUGCUUUGAGAAAGUGGCUUAAAGAAAAUGUAUCGGAAAAAGUAUCAGAAGAAUUGAGAAUUGUUUAUGGAGGCUCAGUGACAAGUUCAAAUUGUAAAGAUUUAGCAAAAGAAAAAGAUAUUGAUGGAUUUUUAGUCGGUGGAGCAUCAUUGAAACCAGAAUUUGUCGAAAUUGUUAAUGCUCGAAAGUAA